AUGAAGGAUUAUACCAUCCAUAGAGGUGUAGACUAUAGGGCGUUUGAGUCGGAACCGACGACAUUCUAUGCUAAAUGUACACAAUAUGGUGCAGGUUGUGAUUGGCUGAUCAGGGUUACCAAAAUACAGAAGAAGUACUGUUGGGAGAUAAGGAGGUACAAUGGUAGUCACACUUGUACCAGAUCUAGUAUUUCUCAAGACCAUUCGAAACUGGAUUCCAAGACAGUUGCAGAAGCAAUUAAGCCAUUGGUAGAGAUUGACCCAUCUAUAAAGAUAAAAUCAGUCAUUGCGAAAGUACAGUUGAAGUUUAACUACACCAUCAGUUAUCGCAAAGCAUGGUUGGCAAAGCAGAAGGUGGUGGAGUCAAUCUUCGGAGGUUGGGAAGCAUCAUACGAAGCCUUGCCUAUAUGGUUUGAGGCUAUGUGUCACAAGGAGCCGUCAGCGGUGGUUCACUUCGAAACAAUGCCUGCGUACCAGGGGGAUGAUUUGGUUCCUGAUAUCCGUGUACUGCACCGAGUCUUCUGGAGUUAUUAUCCUUGUAUAAGGGCAUUCAGACAUUGCAAGCCAGUUGUGCAGGUGGACGGGACUCAUUUGUAUGAAAAAUACAAGGGUUGUUUAUUGGUAGCAGUUUCACAAGAUGAAAAUAACAAUAUUGUACCUAUUGCAUUUGCCAUAGUGGAGGGAGAGACUUUUGAGGUGUGGUACUUUUUUCUAAGUAACUUAUGCCAACAUGUGGUGACACGCGAUGGUGUAGGACUUAUCUUUGAUCGACACGAUUCCAUCGGGUCAGCUAUUGCUCGCAGUAAUGAGGCUUGGUCUCCUCCUAGAGCUUUCUAUAUGUUUUGUAUAAAGCAUAUUGAGUCGAAUUUCUUGAGGAAGUUCAAGGCACCUUACCUGCGGAAGCUUAUCGUCAAUAUCAGAUAUUCAAGGACGAUUCGGGAGUACCAAAUGCGCUAUGAACGACUACGCGAACGGGGUGAGGCUUACACCAACUGGCUUGGCCGGAUCCCAUGUGAGCAGUAUGCUUUGGCAUAA